UAAAUCAAGGACUGGCUAUGUUGGCAGCUGCUUGGGAGUGUGAGACUAGGUGACUAGGACAAUGAGGUAUUGUGUGAUCGUGUAUGCGUGUGAAACAGCUAUAAUCAGGGACUGUGUGUGUGAAAUGGGGGCUUGAGUGUGAAGAGGUAUGAGAGAUGGUGAUUUUGUGUGUGUACAAGAAACUUCAUGAGAGACUAGUUAUGAAUCGGUGACUGUGGAUGUGACAAAAUGAUGGCCUGUGUGAGUGGUUGAAACAUCUUACCAAAAGGUGUGACUGUAUUUGUAUGCAUGUGAAAAACUGACUGGUGAGAGUAAAUCAUGGUGAUAUCGGCCGGAUGAGACAGCCUAUAAGACGUGAUUGUGUGUGUGAAACUAUUGGUAGGAGACCAUAGUAAGACUGGGAAUCAAUGAUUCCCUGAGUGAGUGACUGAGAAUGAGAGGCUGCGUGAUCGAGUAUGUAUAUGAGCCUGUUUGUAAGAGACUAUAGUUGAGGCUGGGAAUCCAGAACUAUGUGUGUAACUGUUUUUUAAAAAGUGAAAGAAAAUGAGGCCGAGUGAGACUAUGCGAGACCACAAUGGAACGUGCCAGGCCUAGGGGAAAGCCCUUUCUGUUUGUUCUCUUCCUCCACAGGUCCUUCCUCCUCAGUCCCCUGGGCGUGCUUCUCCCAGUUCUCCAAAACUUGAAAUGCUGGAGUUCCCCGGGGCUUUGCCUGGGCUUCCCUUCCCUCUUCUCACGGGCCCACUUCAGGCACUUCGCUCCGGUCCCCACAUGAGAUGCGCCUUAUUCCCUGGUGAUGCCCACGUUUUACCUCCAACCCAGACUGUUCCUCUCAGCGCUUACCCAGAAUCUCUGAAGUUUUGUUUGCUUCAUUUAUUUAUUCAUUCGGCAGAUGUUUGUUGAGCCCUGCAGACACAGCAGUUAACCAACCAGACAGAAACCCCUGCCCCUCUAGAGCUGGUAUUUUAGCGAAGAUGUUCGACAAGAAACCAACACAUCACGUCAGGUGGCGGUGCAGUAAUUACAUGAGACAAGACUCUCUCACUCUUUGUUUAAGUAAGAAAUCUGCAGAGUCAUUUUAGUGCCCAAACGUGGGAGCAGAUGAAAGCGCCGACAAUCCUCGUCCACAGGAAUCCUCUGAGUGGUUAUACAGUUGAGGGCCAAAGGAAAUACCGAUUAUGACAUUAUUACCGGGGCAACAGGUGAUCAGAUAAAGCAACCAGCCGGAGUUACAGGUUUCUAGGGAGUUUCACAGGCUAACACAGCACGGACGUCUGAAGUCUUGGAAUCUUAACAAGACCCCUUUGUUCAAAGCACACUCUCAGGCAGGCUUAUAUUAUCAGGAAACAGAGCACAUCUGUAAUGGAUACGAAGGUCACGACGCCUUAUCACCCAUAAAACAAGACCAAUAUUCUUGAGAAAGUUCUAACACCUGACCAAAUCAAACUAUUUCAUUUGGUUUUAAUUUGCAGAAUGGUAUUUCUCCGUCCGUGAAUGCAGAGGAAAUGAGACACUGCCUUCCUCACUUUCUUAGACCCCUUUUCAUUAAAAAGAUUUCUGGUUUUAAAGUGGGCCCUAGAGUUUCACUCAUUAGGGCUUAUUUAAAAAAAAAGAGCAGGUCUGCAGGGCUCAGUUUUACCUGCCUGGAAAAUGAGCUGAAGAGGAAUUAAUUAUUAACAGUAAAAAUAAGGAGCAUAAAAUAGUUUUUCUACAUGAGACCUGCAAAGAAAAAGAGGGGUCAGGGACUAGAAUGAUGGUUCUUAAAGUGUGGUCCCCAGACCAGCAGCAUCAGUGUCACCUGGGAGCCUGUUAGAAAUGCACAUUCUUGAGCCCAACCCCAGACUUAGAGAAUCAGAAACGGGCGUGGAGCCCAGCAAUCUGACUGAAGAAAGCUUCCAAUGAUGCUGAUGCACGCUAAGGUUUGAGAGCCACUGGGCUAGAGAGUGACAGCGGUGCCAUACAUAAAGGGUAGCUGGGGAAGGCCUCUGUGAAGGAGGUGCCAUUUAUUGUCUGUCUCCCCUUUUAGGGCACGAGCCCCUUGAGGGCCAGGAUUUGGGGCUGUCUUGUUCUCUGCUCCGUCCAAUGCUGAGAACAGCAUCUGGUACCCAAUAGGUGCCCAGUAAACAUUGAAUAAAUGUAUUUAACAGGCAGAGAGCACGUACUGUAUGCCAGGCACUGCUCUAAGGACUUUUUUAAAUCUUUACUCCCAAUCUUUGCAACAAACCCUAUGAUGUAAGUUCAGGGAGGGAGGCGUUACCUACCCAAGUUACUCUGAUGGAACACAGCAAAGCCAGUUCCCUCCCAACCACUACCCCCCCAGGCCCUGAGUGUCCCCAGCUGGGCCCCUGGGACAGUGGAUACCCCCAUCUCACUCCUUCUGAAUCCUCCCCACACUCUUGUCACUUCCCCUUCUCACUUCCCUUGUGCUGACCUCCCUUCCCCAUGCUGACCACAGGGAACCUCACUUUCAGGAAAGAGGAGGGCAAGGCAGUGGUUAAGUCAGGACGGAGAUGAAGCAAUUACCUCGAUGCCUGCUCCGCCCCAUGAGGAGACACACUGAGCACACCACACUCAUUUCACCCUUGUUCAGCACCCCCGUGAGGUUGACCCUGUCUUUGUGGUAGAGAGUAUGCAUUUUAGAGGUCGGGAAACUGAGGCUCAGAGAGGUUCAAGUGACUUGCCCAAGGUCACACAGCUGGGAAUCUCGUCAUGUCCAGGGAGUGUUGCUUGAGUGCUAAAGGGUUGCUGGGCAGGGCGUGGGGUGCUGGGGAUACAGUGACAAACAAAACAGGACCAAGAGGGAGACGGGAAAUAGCAAGGGGAGAGUAGAGGAGGAGGCUGAGAGGCAGAGGUGACAGGGGAGAAGUUGGAGCUGAAGAGACCUGCACGGUGCCCUCCCCUCCCCCGUGCCGCCCUUCGCCCUCCCAGUUCCUCCUGCCCCUGGUUCCUCAUUCCCGCUGACUCCAGGAGCAGUCAGCCCACAUAAAGCCAGGCCUCCUCCCUGGCGGAGCCACGGGGUGCAGUGCUCACCAUGCCCGCCCCAGCGCAGGCCCCUCGGCUGCUGCCGCCUCUGCUGCUGCUACUGCUCACUCUGCCAGCCACAGGCUCGGACCCCGUCCUCUGCUUCACCCAGUAUGAGGAAUCCACGGGCAAGUGCAAGGACCUCCUGGGGGGAGGUGUCAGUGUGGAAGACUGCUGUCUCAACCCUGCCUACGCCUUCCAGGAGCCCGGCAAGAAGCUCUGCCAGGCAUGCAGGUUCCCACGAUGGUCACCGUGGUCGGCGUGGGCCCCCUGCUCGGUUACCUGCACUGAGGGCUCCCAGCUGCGGCACCGGCGCUGCAUAGGCCAGGGCGGGCAGUGCUCUGAAAAGGUGGAGCCUCGGACCCUCGAGUGGCAGCUGCAAGCCUGUGAGGAACGGUCAUGCUGUCCUGGGAUGGGCGGCUGGUCCGACUGGGGGCCCUGGGCAUCUUGCUCUGUUACCUGCUCCAAAGGGACCCGGACCCGUCGUCGAGCAUGUGAUCGCCCUGCCCCCAAGUGUGGGGGCCACUGCCCAGGACAGGCACAGGAGUCAGAGGCCUGUGACACUAAGCAAGUCUGCCCCACACACGGGGCCUGGGCUGCUUGGGGCCCCUGGGGUUCCUGCUCGGGCUCCUGCCACGGUGGAGCCAGCACGACUACGCAGAGACGAAGCCGCACGUGUUCUGCACCUGAGCCCUCCAAGCAACCUCCCGGGAAGCCUUGCCCAGGGUCAGCCUAUGAGCAACGGGCCUGCACCGGCCUGCCACCCUGCCCAGUGGCUGGUGGCUGGGGGCCAUGGAGCUCUGUGGCCCCCUGUUCUGUGACCUGUGGCCUGGGUCAGGCCCUGGAACGACGGACAUGUGAUCACCCUGUGCCCCAGCACGGGGGCCCCUCCUGUGCCGGUGAUGCCUCCCGGAACCACAUCUGCAAGUCGGCUGUGCCCUGCCCUGUGAACGGAGAGUGGGGGCCCUGGGGGGAGUGGAGCACCUGCGCCCGCCGGAACAUGAAAUCUAUCAGCUGUGAGGAAAUCCCGGGCCAGCAGACACGCUCGAGGAGCUGCAGGGGCCGCAAGUUUGACGGCCAGCGAUGUGUCGGGGAACAACAGGAUAUCCGACAUUGCUACAACAUCCAGCGCUGCCAAUGGAAAGGCUCAUGGUCGGAGUGGAGUACCUGGGGGCUGUGCAUGCCCCCGUGUGGACCCAACCCCAUGCGCACCCGCCAACGCCUCUGCACAGCCCCGCUCCCCAAGUUCUCGCGCACCGUCACCAUGGUCGAAGGGCAGGGUGAGAAGAACGUCACCUUCUGGGGGAAACCGUGGACGCAGUGUGAGAUGCUGCAGGGGCAGAAGGUGGUGGUGGAAGAGAAACGGCCAUGUCUACACGUGCCUGCCUGCAAAGACCCUGAGGAAUGAGAAGCUCUAACACCUCUCUCUCCCACUCUGACUCCCUGACCUCUCAGACCUCAAUAAACCAGCCUCUU